GGGGCCGGGGCCGGAGCAGAGAAGAAGCCGCACCAUGAAGUUUUCCCGGGACUGUGGCUGCGACCGUGCCCGCCCCGGCCGCCGCCGGCCGCCCGCCCUCGGCGCCGCGCUGCUGCUGCCGCUGCUGCUGGUGCUGCUGGUGCCGCGGGCCGCCGCCGCCCCGCUGCCCAACGCAGACUCCUCGGGGGACGCCGAGCUGGAGGAGGUGGCGAAGCGGCGGGCGGCGCUGCCCGGCAGCCUGGAGCAGGCGCGGCUGCUGCACGCCCGGGCGGCAGAGCUGCGGGACGAGAUGUGCGAGAAGUUUACCGUCUGCCAGAACAGCAUGGAAAUGCUCCUCCACAACAACCUCAACCUCCCCAAGGUGACGGAGGAAGAUGGGUGUCUGCUCGCCGGCUUUAAUGAGGAUAAAUGCUUGAGAAAAAUCUCCAGUGGGCUUUAUACAUUUCAGAUAUACCUCAAAUACAUACAAGAAACUUUUAUUAGUGAAAACCAAAAUGUUGAAUCGCUAUCCCAUACUACAGGGCACCUGGCACGUACCCUAAGAGAGAUGCUGAUCAAUCCCAAAGAAGUGAUCAUCCCCGAUGCAGCUACCCAGGAAUCCCUCCACACAAAGCUCAAGUCCAUUAAGGCCUGGACAGAGAAAAUCACCAUCCAUCUCAUCCUCCGAGAUUUUACUUCAUUUAUGGAGAAGACAGUGAGGGCCGUGCGCUAUUUGAAAAACACCAGGAGUUUCAGUGUUUGAAUGUUUUAGUUCAGGCACAAUCCUUUUGUUACAAAUCUGUCAGGUGGCAGAUAACAGUGUUGUUCUGUUUUAAGAACUAAAAAUAGUAACAGUGGUUUGCAUCUACAUACAUUCCCAUUUCCUUCUAGGAACUUAUUUAUUGUAUUUAAAAUAUUUAUUAGUUUCUAAUAUUUCUUAUUUAUAUUUUUAAUAUUUAGAAAUAAUUUAAAUUAUGUAUUUUAUUUCCUUUCUAAUGGUACUAUUCAGAUACGCUUAUUUAAUAUGUAUUCAUAAAAAAUUCAGAACCCAGAAAAAUUGUUGUUUAACUUAUGUUUUUAUACAUUUAAGAGAUGGUAUUUAUGACCUUUUUAUAUUUUUUAGGACAAAUAAAAGCAAAUUUCUAUAAAAAGCUUGUAUAAUCUCUUUGAACUUUAAAUAAGACUAAAGCACUCUAAUAUAUCCAGGUUUUAAUACCUGUAAUUAUCAGAAUAACCACUGUCAAGAACUUCUCUGUAUAAUUAGGCCAGUUCUCUACAUAGCACAUAUGUACACACAUACAGACAAUUUGGUUACCAUAUAAGUCUUAAAAUGGGAUAUGAAGGAACCAGAUUGCACUAAAAACGGCACUUAAGAAUGAACAAGAUAAACCAUCAAUGAUCCUGAGAAACAAAUGGACAAGUGCCUUAUAGUUAAUAAGGAGCACCCAAUAAAAUUGUUUGUAAGGAUCUUUUUACAAGUUAUAUAGUCUCUCUUAAACAAAUAAAGUGG